AUGCCUCGACCGUAUUCACAUUCUGAGUGCUUCAGUUCCGGCGCAGCUGGCGAUGGUCCGGAUCAGGUGUACCGUCUGGCCACCGAGGGGCCUAUCGACGCCAUCUUCUCCGACUAUCUGGCCGAGGUCAACAUUGCAUGGCGAGCUCUGGAGCUGGUGGACAAACCUGAAUUGGGCUACGAGACGGCGUUCCUCACCCAUCUCAACCACAAAACCGCGGCGGAAGAGGUGUUCAAACGGGGCAUCAAGCUUGUUCACGAUGGCGGGGCACUGAAUCCCCGAGGUCUGUAUGAGGCGACCAAGAAGCUUUUUGCGGACAAGGGACUCGGCCAGGUCAAGAUUGCGUGGGUCGAGGGCGACAACGUGACGAGCGAGGUACUUGAGCAGAAGCAGAGCUUUGCCCAUCUCGACAUCCACGGCGUCGAGACGUCGCUCAUCAAGAACAAAAUCUUGUCUGCAAACGCCUACAUAGGCAUGCGGGGCAUCAUUGCCGCCCUGGACGCCGGCGCCCAGAUCGUCAUCUGUGGGCGCAUUUGCGAUGCAUCGCCCGUCAUGGCACUCGCUGCAUGGUGGCACGGCUGGUCAGAUACCGACUAUGACAAAUUGGCAGGGAGCUUGAUUGCAGGCCAUGUCACCGAGUGCGGGCCCUACACCACAGGGGGCAACUUUUGUGGCUUCAAGGCGAUCCCCAAGCUGUACGAGGUCGGAUACCCGAUUGCAGAGGUCGAGGCCGACGGGUCCGCUGUCAUCACCAUGCACGAAAACUCCAACGGCGCCGUCACCGUCGACACGGUCACGGCGCAGCUGGUCUACGAGAUCCAAGGACCGACUUAUCUCAACCCCGACGUGGCUGCUCUGCUCGAGGACGUCCGCAUCGAACAUGCUGGGAAAAACCGUGUCCGGGUCUCCGGCGUCAAAGGCACUCCGCCCCCGCCGACGACGAAACUCGCCAUCUGCACAUUUGGGGGCUACCAAGCCGAGGUGUCCACCUACGCCGUGGGCCUGGACGUGAAAGAGAAGGCGGAGCUGCAGAGGAUGCAAGUCCUGCGGCGUCUGGACCAGUCGAAGUUCUUGAAGAUCGCCAUCGACACGUAUGGCUCCGUACCCGAGGAUCCGCGAUCCCAGAAGGACGCGAGUGUUCAGAUCAGGCACUUUGUCCAGGCGUCGACCAAAGAAGCCAUUGGGGAAUUCUCGCAGGCUUUCUUGUUCACGUCCAUGCAGGGCUAUGGUGGAUUUCACCUAAACAUGGACAUUCGAACCCUCGCCCCGAAGCCCUUUGUGACAUACUUUCCCGGAAAAUAUCCCCAAGAGUCGCUCAAAGUCCGAGCCCACGUCGAAUUUUCCGACGACGCCGACCACAAAGCCCUCCCAGUCACCCCGCCGCCCAAGUUCCAAGACUUUGAGGGGCAACGCUCCUACGACUCCACCGACCCGGUGGCCCUGUCGACCUUUGGGCCGACCACCCGCGCCCCGCUGGGGAAAGUGGUUCUCGCACGGUCCGGCGACAAGGGCGGGAACGCCAACGUGGGGUUAUGGGUGCGCCACGACGACGAAUGGCCCUGGCUGCGGUCGUUGCUCACCAUCGCGCGGCUCAAGGACCUCCUCGCCGACGACUACCGGCCCGAGUACCGCGUCGAUCGGUUCGAGCUGCCCAACCUCCGCGCCGUGCACUUUGUCGUCUACGGCAUCCUGGAGGACGGCGUCAGCUCGUGCAGCCUGAUCGACGGGUUCGCAAAGAGCUUCGGCGAGUUCAUCAGGGCCCGUCAGGUGGAUAUCCCGCAGGGGUUUUAUGCUCGGCCGCACGUAGGCGAGGAGCUGCUGGAUGGUUAUCAGAACGGUGUUUGA